AUGCGUACUCCGGGCUCCUCUCCAGAGUGGUUGCUAACAGUUUGCCUGGUGCUGUCACUAUCAGCGAUCGGCGCGAUCGCCGAGCCCAAAGUUGAAAUAUUACGAUCAAACGUUGAAAACGAUGGCCUUGGAAAUUACGAGUUUUGGUACGAACAAUCAGACGGGACCAAAAGAUGGCAAACUGGCGUUCUAAAACAGAACAGCAACGGUCAACCCUUCGUCUACACGACUGGAGGAUAUGCAUACUACGACCAAUUGACAGGCGUUUUACACACAAUCAAUUUUGUCGCUGAUGAAAACGGUUAUCACCCAACUUAUUCCGAAGAAAGCCCGCCCGCGGCUGCACCGCCACGGUUUGCGCAAGCAGCAGCUGGUGGAUAAUCUGCAUCUGAUCAGAAUCUGUAGUCAUUGACUCUGUUUUUUUUACUGCACAUAAUGUUAUUAUAGAAUACCACUACACAGUUAUUUUAUAUCAGUAAAAUAUAACAAACAGAUCUUUAGUAUAAAACAAAGACGCCCUCGCCAUUUCUUUGUCCUGGCAUCAGUCAUGGUUACAUCCAACCUCUUUAAAGAGGAACCUGGAUUGCGGCUUUUGACCAAGUUCCUGUAUUGAAUAAGUUGGGUUUGUACACGAAGCGACCCCCGACCGACAUCAACAUAAGAUUAUGGUAAAAGCUGCACUAGGUAAAUGUGCUUUUU